CCGCGAGACUUCCGGUGUCCAGCCAGUCGCCUAGCAGCCGGCCGCACUUCCGGGUCAUCCUCCUGUUUACCUUCCGGGGCGCGGGAAAAGGACUGCAAUGGCCGCUCUUGAGCUCCGAAAACUACGCAAGAAACUAAGACAGAUUGAAACUUUAGAGCACCUUCCUCGGGAACUGGUCCCCAGUGAAAUUGCAAAGGUUGCCCAAAAACAUGAGCUGCGGAGACUUAUAGAGGAAUUGUUAUCUCAGACUGUAGAAGAGAAACCCAAGGAGGAGACGGUGGAGACAAGUGGAGAAAGCAGAACGACUACAUUCUCUCCCCCGGACCCCGACAUCCAGCCGAGCCCUCCGCCUGCCGCAGCGUCUAAGAGGAAAAAGCAGAAAACUCCCAAAGCAGCUCAAAGAGCAGCUCCAGAUGAGACGCCGACCUCUGCAAGACGUCUUACAGAUCCGUAUCCGCUGCAGAACUCCCAGUUCCUUGUUCACAGUUUGGAAGGGCACAGUGAUCUAGUGACGUGUGUUCUCAUACAUGACACAUACAUAAUCUCUGGGAGUUGGGACACCUCAGUACGUGUAUGGGAUGUACCGUCCCGGUCAGAGGUCAGGACGCUGUGUGGCCACACUGGAGGAGUCGCCUGCAUGGUCAUGGUCUACCUGGAUGGAACCAAGCUAGCUUCAGAUCUUUUGCCUCUUGGAGAACAUUUUGUCUGCAGCGGAUCGUCCGAUUGCAGCAUCAAAGUGUGGAGCCUGAAUACAGUUCAACCUCUCCUCAGUAUAUACACAUUCUCUGCGGUGUCUGCCAUCACUCAUGUACCACAUACAAAGCUGCUAAUUUCAGGGUCAGAUGGUGGAAAGAUUGAUGUGUGGGAUCUGGAAACACAAGAAAACCUUCGGUCUGAGAGAGCGCAUGAUGAGAGGGUGUCGGCGUUACAGUUCCACUCGGGAUUGCUGUACUCUGGUUCGUCAGACGGCUCCUUGAAGGUCUGGAGAGUCGUCCCGUCUUCUGGAGCUCUAAGUCUUCAGCACGCCUGUGACCCUCUGGUGCAAUCCUUGAGGGGUUUGUACAGUCUUUGUGCCACAGCAGACCAACUAUACCUGGCAACCCAAGGAUCGUGCAUAAAAGCCGUCCACUGGAAACAAGAUCGUCUCACACUUCUGUCCAAUCACAAUUCCAGCUCAGGAUUUGUUGAUGCAUUAGCUGUUACUCCUGACAAUCUGCUCAUCGCCACUGGCUUUAACAUUGACCAAGGACAUGGAUACCUGAACAUCCGUGCUGUGGAUUCAGGCAAAUACCUGUGCACCGUGUCCUGCCCGGAGGUCCCUCGCCUCUUGUGUUUGGCGGUGUCCAGCACUUCUGAUGGGCUAUGCCGAUGGGUGACAGGAGGGAGGGAACUGCUGCUGUGGGAGGAGCUUCCUAGAGGAGGAGCAUUGGACAGGUCAGCCGCGCAGGUGCAGUUCUGUCCAGAUUUUCUUCUUCCCGCUCCUGACAGCGAAUCAGAAAAUGAUGAUGAGGAAGAUCUAUGGGAAGCGUACACGGAGGCCGGACCGCCCGACUCGCACGCAGAGCCCCGCCACCAGCCGUGGUGCGCACUGAUGUAACCGGAGAGAAGCCGCCGCCGACUCGUUACACUUCAAAUUACUUUUUAUUAAAAAUAAAACUGUGAUCCGAACCCUGAAGAUGAGCGGAUACUAUACACGUAGUGUGGGUGCGGAUGCAGACAUUCACAGCACAUACGUGGAGGGGGAGGGGUUAAGCCCUUAGUGAUCACAUGGUACCAGUCACACAUGCUGUCAUACACACACAGAUAGAUAUAGAAAAGAACACUAUUGUUAGGUAUAUGUCCACGGGCAGCCCCGUAUCACUAGUUAUGUGCGCCCAUGCAUACAUACAUGUAUCAUAAAUAACAUACAGCCCUACGGCUGGGGGAGGGGGCUACUCCUGGCUAGGUGAGGUCGUCAUCCGCCGACCGCUCUCUUCCUCCGGCACUUGUCUCCUCUCUCGCGGUUUUGGGGUGCAGAGGUUUAAGUAAUGGGGGGGGAGGUCGUAUACCACCCGCUGCCAUCAGGUCAGUCCCUUUUAUUUUCUUGUUAUAUUCACCCGCUGUGUCCAUUAUCACCAUAACAGCGCCAUCACAUGGUCACCACCGGGAUCCUGCGGGGAGAGUAAAGUGACCUUUAAGAGCGUCCCCAUGCAAGUUUAAAAAAAAAAAACAAUUCUAUUCAUUUCUUAGUCAUAUGCUGGGUGAAAACAAUAUGGCCGCAGUGAGAUGACACCCAACUUUCCCAGACUCUCUAUUAGCAGACGUGCCGUGCGGGAGUCUCAGAAACCUGGGUGACCACCCUCUAGUCACCUCUAGUCACUAGGCUUUCCCAGAGGCUGAACACUCCGUGAAUGUCACUCCCCACCCUGCAAGGUCCCUGAGACGCUGCCCUUUUAAAUGCAUUUUAGAUUAAACUCCACCCCUUUUUAUGAUGCAUUUCGAGGGUUAAUGCUGCAAAAAUCAGGACUGCUGGUAGGGCUACCGUCUUACAAUAAAAUGUGCAAUUGUUCUGUGGUUAAAAAAACUAAAACAUUUUUACAAGCUGGUGUCACACAGGUUUGUUUUUUUGGGGUAUUGGUGCAUUUUUUGGAUGCUUUGUUUAGCAAAAACACCUGCUCCACAUGUUACAUGGAAAUCUAUGGGAAAUGUUAAAUGCAGGACAAACAGGUGUUGUUUUUUUUUUUGUAGUGUUGUUUUUUUUU